AUGUGUGGCAUCUUUGGAUACAUCAAUUACCUGGUAGAGAAGGACAGGAAGUACAUCCUCGAUACCCUGGUCAAUGGCCUCUCGCGACUCGAAUACCGUGGGUACGAUUCCGCGGGCCUCGCAAUCGACGGAGACAAGAAGAAUGAGGUGUUUGCAUUCAAGGAGGUCGGCAAGGUUGCCAAGUUGAAGGAGCUCAUUGAGACCGAGAAGCCAGAUCUCACCAAGGUCUUCGAUUCACACGCUGGUAUUGCCCACACGAGAUGGGCGACUCACGGUCCCCCAUCCCGCCUCAACUGCCAUCCUCACAGAUCCGAUCCCAACUGGGAGUUCUCCGUGGUGCACAAUGGUAUCAUUACCAACUACAAGGAGCUUAAGACCCUCCUGGAGUCCAAGGGAUUCAAGUUCGAGACGCAGACCGACACAGAAUGUAUUGCCAAGCUGGCCAAAUACCUCUACGACCAGCACCCGUCAGUCGGUUUCACGGACUUGGCAAAGGCCGUCAUCAAGGAGCUGCAGGGAGCUUUCGGUCUCCUGAUGAAGUCCGUUCACUACCCCCACGAAGUCAUUGCGGCACGAAAAGGCUCGCCUUUGGUUAUUGGCGUACGGACAGAGAGGAGAAUGAAGGUUGAUUUCGUCGAUGUGGAAUUCACUGAGGAUGGACCAUUACCCGCCGAGACAGCAUCCCAAAAUGUAGCCCUGAAGAAGGCCAGCGGUGAUUUGCUAACUCCUGCCACCCUUCUCGCACCCCCAGACAAGUCCCUCCUGCACCGUUCUCAGUCAAGAGCUUUCAUGACAGACGACGGAGCACCCAUGCCAACUGAGUUCUUCCUCUCGUCUGAUCCCUCCGCCAUUGUGGAGCACACAAAGAAGGUCAUGUACCUCGAGGAUGAUGAUAUUGCCCAUAUUCACGAAGGUUCCCUGAACAUCCACAGACUUACAAAAUCAGAUGGUUCCUCCAACGUUCGAACAAUCCAAACGCUUGAGCUUGAACUCCAAGAAAUCAUGAAGGGCAAGUUCGACCAUUUCAUGCAGAAGGAGAUCUUCGAGCAGCCAGAGUCCGUGGUCAACACCAUGAGAGGACGUCUCGAUGUCGAGAACAAGACCGUCACUCUUGGUGGGCUAAGAUCAUACAUAACCACCAUCCGCCGGUGUAGAAGGAUCAUAUUCAUCGCCUGCGGAACGAGUUUCCAUUCCUGCAUGGCUGUUCGUGGUGCCUUUGAGGAGUUGACCGAGAUUCCCAUCUCUGUUGAGUUAGCCUCCGAUUUCCUCGACCGACAGGCCCCAGUCUUCCGUGACGACACUUGCGUUUUCGUAUCCCAAUCCGGCGAGACGGCUGAUUCUCUCAUGGCCUUGAGAUACUGCUUGGAGCGCGGUGCGUUGACCGUGGGCAUUGUCAACGUUGUUGGUUCUUCCAUCUCUCUCCUCACCCACUGCGGUGUCCACGUCAACGCUGGUCCUGAAAUCGGUGUUGCCUCCACCAAGGCGUACACAUCGCAGUUCAUUGCAAUGAUCAUGUUCGCGCUAUCUUUGAGCGAGGACCGGGCAUCGAAGCAAAAGAGACGCGAGGAUAUCAUGGAAGGUCUAGGCAAGAUUUCAGAGCAGAUCAAGGAGGUUCUGAAGACCGACCAGCCAAUCAAGGAAUUGUGCGCCAGAACGUUCAAGGACCAGAAGAGUCUGUUGCUCUUGGGCAGAGGCAGCCAGUUCUCUACCGCUCUGGAGGGUGCCCUCAAGAUCAAGGAAAUCUCCUACCUCCAUUGCGAGGCUGUCAUGUCUGGUGAACUCAAGCACGGCGUCUUGGCUUUGGUCGACGAAAAUCUCCCUAUCAUUAUGAUUCUCACCCGUGAUAACAUCUUCCCCAAGUCCCUUAACGCCUACCAACAGGUCAUCGCUCGCAAGGGCAGACCCAUCGUCAUCUGCAACCCCAACGACCCAGAGUUCAAGGCCGGUCAAGCGGAGAAGAUCGAAAUCCCCAAGACCGUCGACUGUCUCCAAGGUCUCCUGAACGUCAUUCCCCUCCAACUGAUGGCGUACUGGCUAGCCGUCGCCGAGGGCCUCAACGUCGAUUUCCCUCGCAACUUGGCCAAGUCCGUCACCGUCGAGUAG